AUGUCUAAACCCUUUGCUAUAUUGCUUCUAGUAACAUUAUGUGAAAAAUCUGUCUUUUCUAGUAAUUUGGGUAUAUACGCAAUAAGAGAUAGACUCUUACAAUUCAAUUUAAACUCAGUAAAAUUAGAAUGUGUCUUAAGAAUUGUACAACAAGAAGUUGAAUGUCAAGAUUAUUUUACAGUUUUACAUCAGUCACAUUACGGAGAUCAAAUUAUAGAACAUUUAAGUGCAACCAAUUGUUACAGUUUUAUUACGAGAACUCCAAAACCACAAAAAUGGCUCCUACGAUCUGAAGCCUACAUUAUUUUAGUGGAAAAUGUCACCGACUUUAUUGGAAGCAUUGAUAAGCUGUCCAAAGACUUCGCAUGGAAUGCGGUAGCAAGGUUCUUUAUUGUAAUACGUCAGUUUGAAAACAUGCAACAUCUUGAUCUUUUUAAAGUUUUGGCUAAAUUUAAUAUUUACCAUGUGCAUGUUAUAACCUCAGAAACGACGGACAAAACAUUAAUAUAUACAUAUAACCCCUUUGAAAAUAAUCGAUGUGGACAUGUUGAUGAGAAUGUUAUUAAAAUAGAUGAUUGCAAAGGUUUCAUUCAUAAUGAAUUAAAUGAAAAUGAAAUGGAAGAUCUAUUACGACCCUGUCCUCUCGCUGUAUUAUCCAGAGAAAACCCACCAAAUGUUAUUUUUAAAAUGAAUAAAAAAUUCCGUCAUGGUGGAGUUGCCUUAACAGGAAUAGAACAGUAUAUGUUAAACAAUAUUGCCGAGAAAGAAAAAUUUAGAUUUAGUCUUUUACAACAUCUACCAAAAUAUCCAUUAGGGUUCAGCAUCGGCGGAUAUAAGUCUACGAAAAAAGGAUCUGACUGUUACGAUUUCAUAUGGGGUUACUGCUAUGGUAACAUUAAUGUUUACACCGCUGUUCGUCACGAAGAAGAGUGGAGGAAAUUGAUUCAAGAGUUUGGGACGACAACUUGGGCUUUAAUAGCAUUAUCAUAUAGUUCUGUUACUAUUUUUUUAUUAAUAAUAUACAAGUUGUCAAUUGGAAAAAUAAAUAAAAAAUACGUCAUCCUAAGAAUAUGGGGAUAUCUACACAACAGCCCAGAUAAAGAACUAAUUAAAAUCCGAAAAUUGAGAGUACUGCUACUUACCUGGAUUUGGUUCUCAUUUUUUAUAGUAAAUUUUUACAAUACAGCCCUAUACACACUUAUAACUGCUCCAGAUAAAAGAGGUGUUAUUAUAAAACCGGAAAAAUUAUUUUCAUCGCCUUUGAAACCUUGUAUAAGCAUCAAAUUCCGACAGUGGUUCAAACUUGCUUACAACAUUACAUUACCGACGACAAGCGAGGGAGAUUGUUCUUAUGAUGAUACAGCAUUAGAUGCGGUAUUUUUAACUAACGCCUGGUGA